AUGAGUUCAAUUAAUGUAGCAAUCAAGUACGUCUCCUCCUCUCCCCUCUCGUUGCCUCGACUCCUCUUCUCGAGCUAUGUCAUGUAUCAACCUCAGAACUGCAGUUACACAUUACACAAUCCCAAUGGGACAAUAGAAAGCCCUGGAUACCCUUACGGCUAUCCUAACUAUGCCAACUGUACAUGGGUCAUUGUGGCGGCGGAGCACAACCGGAUACAGCUGGUGUUUCAAGGCUUUGCCCUAGAGGAGGACUUUGACAUCUUGUCUGUAUAUGAUGGGCCGCCCAGCCCUGGAAACCUGCGAACAAGGUUAACUGGCUUCCAGCUGCCUCCACCAAUUGUGAGUACGGGCUCCAGGCUCACACUGUGGCUGCUUUCUGACUAUGCGGUCAGCGGGCAGGGAUUCAAAGCUGCAUAUGAAGCUUUGCCCAGCUACACUUGUGGUAAUCCUGGAAAGCUACUCAACGGCCACCAGCAGGGGUCUACUUUUAAUAUCGGGGACAAGAUCCGCUACAGCUGCAGCCCGGGCCAUGUUCUAGAGGGUCAUACCACCCUGUCCUGCCUUGCCACUUCAGCUGGUACUGCUGCCUGGGAUUUCCCCCUUCCUUACUGCAGAGCGGAUGACGGAUGUGGAGGGACCCUACGGGGCCAGAGUGGGGUGAUAACUACUCCCAAUUACCCAUCUGAAUAUAACAACAAUGCCGACUGCACCUGGACUGUGCUGGCUGAGCCGGGAGACACCAUUGCCCUGGUUUUUUCUGACUUUCAGCUGGAGGACGAUUAUGACCUUCUGGAGGUCAGCGGCACUGAGGGUUCUUCGCAGUGGUGA